AUUUAAAAUUAGUUGACAUUUCUCUGGAAUAAAUUCUCGUUGGGUACUCAAUUUCAAAUUUGAAUUUUGAAUUAUGCUCUAAGAAUCAUUGAAAGUAAUUAGGUGGUAAUUUUGCGAUGGAUAACGAUGAUGAUUUCCCGGAUGAAGAUAUACUAAGUCAGUUUUUGGAAAAUCAGGAGAACGAUGCAAUGAGAGAAUCUAGCAGUAAUUCCAUAUCUACACAAAAACAGCUGUUCAACAGUGAAACCCCUUCUCCACAGCAUUUAAAAAUACUAAAAAAAUAUUUUGGUCAUAAUGUCUUCAGACCUUUGCAGUGGCAAAUCAUUCACUCAAUUCUUAAGAGCAAAAAAGAUAAUUGUGCUAUUAUGUCAACAGGAUAUGGAAAAUCUCUUUGUUAUCAAUUUCCAGCCAUAUAUUCUGAAGGGGUAACUCUUGUAAUAUCACCAUUGAUUUCCCUUAUGGAGGAUCAAGUAUAUUCUCUUAAGGUGUCGAAAAUAUCUGCCUGUCUUUUAGGGACAGCCCAAACCCAAAAAACCAAAGUUAUAAAUGAGAUUUUUGAGAAGAAAUAUUCAAUUAUAUAUCUCACCCCAGAGUUUGCAACUGGGGAUUAUGGUAGUGACAUAUUGCAGCGUAUGCAUAAAGAGUUAAAUGUUUGCUUGAUAGCUGUAGAUGAAGCUCAUUGUGUUAGCAGUUGGGGACAUGAUUUCCGUCCUCAGUACAGAAAAUUAUCCAGGGUUAGAGGAUACUUACCUGGAGUACCUAUCUUAGCUGUAACAGCUACUGCUACAAAACAAGUGGAGGCUGAUAUCAUCAGCUCCUUGAGAUUGAAGAAUCCACAAAUAUUGCACUCUGGCUUUGAUAGACCUAACUUAUAUCUUGAAGUCUACCAGAAAAGCCAACAUGGACCUUCCACUGAUCUUCUGAAAGUUUCAGAGAACAUUUGCGGGGUCCAGAAAUUUCCUGGUCCUACUAUCAUCUACUGUUUAACUAGGAAAUUUACAGAAACUAUAACAGAACUUUUGAAAUCAAAAGGUAUCAAUUGUGCUGCUUAUCAUGCCGGUAAGAGUCUGAAAGAGAGAAAACAGGUCCAUGAAAAAUUUCUGAAGGAUCAGCUAGACUUAGUAGUUGCAACUAAUGCAUUUGGAAUGGGUAUAGAUAAACCAGAUAUUAGGUGUGUUGUGCAUUAUGGAUCACCAAGUAGCAUUGAAGCUUAUUAUCAAGAGAUUGGCCGAGCAGGUAGAGAUGGAGAACCUGCAAGGUGUGUCAUGUUUUUCAGUGAAAGUGAUUUUCAGACACAUCUCAUGCUUUCGGAAAACAAUAAGUAUAGUUCAUCAAGCGAUCACAAGCUCAGUCUUUCAAGUAGCGUGAGGAAAUACCUCUAUUUGACUGACUGUAGACGUGCCUUCAUUCUGGGAUAUUUCGGAGAAAAAUAUUCAGGUGAUAAUAAACGAUGUUGUGAUGUUUGUUAUUCAAAAUCGUCUGGCAUGAAACAAGAGUAUGAAGGUAUUGAUAAAGAUGGCAAGUAUGAUUUUACCGAGGAUGCAGAAAAAAUGUUGAAAGCUGUGGAUGCCCUAGGUGGUAAAUUUGGUCUCACUACUUAUGUUUUAUUUCUUCGUGGUUCUCGUAGUAGCAAAUUAAGAGAAACACACAAAAACCAUGCACUUCAUGGUUGUGGAAAGGAUAAAAGUGAGAAUUGGUGGAAAUCUAUUUGUAAUAUUCUAGUAGAACAACGUUAUAUUUUGAGGAGAACUGCCAAGUUUUCGGGAUUUUCAAGUUACGUUUUUGAAUUGACCGACGAAGGUAGGAAAUUUUUAGACAAAAAUUCAAAAAAUAAGAACGCCGUUCAAUUGAAAUUGAAGCCACAAUUAGAUAUCCUAGAACAGAUUAAAGCAAAGUCGAAAAUACAAGUUUGUAGUUAUAACACAGGAGGGGAAGCUCAAUCUAGUUCAAAAGCAGUAUUAAUUCAAGAGGCAAUCCAAACGAAUAGGAAUGAUGAACUGGAUAAAAAAUUGUAUUCAUUGAUGAUGGAUAAAAGAUACAAAAUUGCCGAUGAAAGAGAUUGUAUGCCACACAAUGUUAUUUCAAUUCCUGAUAUCAGAGAACUUAUAAGAGUUAAACCAAGAUCUUUGAAACAGCUUGAGAAGUGCAAGUUUGAGAUGUUUUCUGAACUGAAAAUUUGUCAGUUUGGGCAGCAAAUGGUAGAUAUAAUAGUGCAGGAGUUGGGCCCAGGUGAAGAUGACAAUGAAAAUGAAACGAAAAUGAAUAUGAUCGAAGCAUUACUCAGAGUUCCUUUACUUGAAAAAUCAAGUGCCAGCACCGAUAUUAGCUAUAACCUUUUCAAACGAGGUCAGAGUAUUGAAGAGAUCAGUGAACAAAGAUUAAUGAGUCAGAAUACCAUUUUUCAACAUUUAUUGGAUUGUAUGAAGAAAGGUCUCCCAAUCAAAAUGGAACAAAUGGGCGUCGAUAAAAAUAAAAGUUUGGUUAUCCUGAGGGCAAUUCUCGAAACUCCAGGUAAUCUAUUAACCCCAAUAAAAGAAAAAUGCCCACCUGAUAUUACUUGGAAUGAUAUAAAAAUUGUGAUGACUUACCACAGAGUAAGAAAUCACCUGGCUGAAAAUGGCAUUUGUUACGAAGAUUUUGAAGAUUUUUCUUAUGAUGAGUUAGAAAGUGAAGCAGGUUCUUUAGAUUUGCAAUCCCAUGCGAAAAAUAGGUCUACAACAGAAGAAGAGGAGGAAUUAAUGGAAUUCUUAAGACUAGGUGAAGAUCUCAUUCGAAAAGAUGAGGAGAAGAUAGAGAUAGAGAAUGAAUCCCCAAAAAGUGAUUAUGUGCCUGGAACUGAAGGAAAUAUUGUAAAAGAUAGUUGUGCAUUUGGUACCAAUCAGGUUUCUGAUAAUUCUGAUAAUAUAAGUGGCAUUACCAAGGAAAAGACAAAAGAAAAUGUAAACAUUUCUGAAAACAUUGGCAAAUUAUUCAAUACAAAAGAAGUGGUUAAAACUGAAAUCAGGCCAGAAAAUCGUGCAGUAGUUUAUAAUGAGGCAGACUCAAAUGCUUCAUCUAACAAAAGAAAAUGCUCUGAAAUCGCAUCUGAAUCAGAUUGUGAUCUUUUCGAUGAAGCAUUUGAUUCUCCUCCUGGUAGUCCCACAGGCAGGGAAAAUAUGUUAAAGAUACCAAGAAAUUAUUAGCACAUUAUUAACACAUAUCUUCUUGAGUGAUUUGAAAUAAUUAUCGACUGGAAAUGGAUUGAAAGUAAUUUGAAUCUUUCAUGUAGAAAUAUAUGAUAUAUAAUAUGGGAGGACUGAAAUAUUCUCAACAAGAUUUGAGUACAUACUUAAUUCCAGUAAAUAUGAGCAUUUUCAUCAUAUGUGAUAUUAGAGAUAAAAAAAGAACUAUAACUCAAAGUGGAUUUCACAUUUAAUUUUUUUUGGUUUUUUGAUAUAGUUUUCUCUUCAAAUUUGUGCCAUAUCGUCGUUCUAAAUAUCGAUUCAUAGUUUACCGCGUAUUAGAAUUACACUGACGAUUUAUGAAUUUACAUAACUAACAGAACACAUAUGUUGAUUAGGAUUUAUUUUUGUAAGCGUUACUAUUGCAUUUGGUCAUGUUAUUCCUAUGUGUUUUCACAAAUAAUAUUUUUUUUGUUCGGUAGGUUGUUAUUUUCCGUGCGUAUUUGGGAAGUUUUAUAAUGUUUUUUCUUGUUU